AUGCCGUCCUUCCCAACAGUUACUGACCACGCGCAGCGUGAGAGAUCUCGUUCUCCUCGUCGCCGUUCACGCAGUCCUCGUCGCAGCCGUCGUUCGUACUCGCCGCGUAGCCGCUCUCGCAGCCGUGACGAUUACCGCCGCAGUGACCGCAGAUCCAGAUCUCCUAUGAGUGGUGCAGCUGGCGCGUCUGGAGGACAUUCGGGUUCAGGCUACGGAGGACGUGGUGGUUUUGCGUCUGGUCGAUCGUACGAGGAUCGCGCGGUUGCCAAAGAACAGAUGAUGCAGUCUGUACGCGAAUCGUCCCAGCAAGACCGCCGGGUCUAUGUGGGCAAUCUAUCUUACGAUGUGAAAUGGCAUCACUUGAAAGACUUUAUGAGACAGGCUGGAGAGGUUCUCUUCGCCGAUGUGUUACUACUUCCGAAUGGAAUGUCGAAGGUGGGCGCCAAUGCGAUUGUGGAAUACGCAACGAGGGAGCAAGCUCAGCAAGCAGUCAACACGCUCAGCAACCAGAAUCUCAUGGGACGACUCGUUUACGUUCGCGAGGACCGCGAAGCUGAGCCUCGUUUCACCGGCCCUCCCGGUCGUGGUGACUUCGGAGGAGGCCCUGGCAGAGGCGGGUUCGGAGGCUUUGGCGGCGGUGGAGGAGGCGGUGGACGCCAGAUUUACGUUUCUAACCUCCCUUUCAACGUUGGCUGGCAAGACCUGAAGGAUCUGUUCCGCCAAGCCGCCCAGCAUGGCGCGGUGAUCCGUGCUGAUGUUCACACGGACCCCAGCGGCCGCCCGAAGGGAUCUGGCAUUGUCGCUUUCGAGUCCCCUGAAGACGCUCGUACCGCCAUCCAGCAGUUCAACGGCUACGACUGGCAGGGAAGGACCCUUGAGGUCCGUGAGGACAGGUAUGCCGGUGGUGGACCUGGCUUCGGCGGCCGUGGUGGCUUUGGUGGUGGUUUUGGUCGCGGCGGCUUUGGCCGUGGUGGCUUCGGCGGUCGCGGUGGCUUCGGUGGUUUUGGCGGCCGAGGUGGUUAUGGCGGCGGCUUUGGCGGAGGUGCUGGUGGUGGCUUUGGUGGUGGUGCUGGUGAACCUGGUGCUUCUGUGCCGCCAAACCCCUUCACUGACUAUGCGACAUCUGGAGGAGAGAAGAGCCCCGUCAUCUAUGUCCGCAAUCUGCCGUGGUCGACCUGCAAUGAAGAUCUCGUCGACCUGUUUUCCACAAUUGGAAAGGUGGAGCGCGCCGAGAUCCAGUAUGAACCCAACGGUCGCUCUCGCGGUACCGGUGUGGUCGAAUUUGACAACGCUGAAACUGCAGAGACUGCGAUUGCCAAAUUCACGGGCUACCAGUACGGUGGUCGUCCUCUCGGCAUUACUUUCGUCAAGUAUCUGAAUGCGGGACCGCAAGGAGAUGCAAUGGACGGUACUGAACCUACGUCCGGAAUCACUCAGGAUCAGAUCAUGUAA